AUGGGGCAGGCAGGGAGAGGUAUGGGGCAGGCAGGGAGAGGUAUGGGGCAGGCAGGGAGAGGUAUGGGGCAGGCAGGGAGAGGUAUGGGGCAGGCAGGGAGAGGUAUGGGGCAGGCAGGGAGAGGUAUGGGGCAGGCAGGGAGAGGUAUGGGGCAGGCAGCGAGAGGUAUGGGGCAGGCAGCGAGAGGUAUGGGGCAGGCAGGGAGAGGUAUGGGGCAGGCAGGGAGAGGUAUGGGGCAGGCAGGGAGAGGUAUGGGGCAGGCAGGGAGAGGUAUGGGGCAGGCAGGGAGAGGUAUGGGGCAGGCAGGGAGAGGUAUGGGGCAGGCAGGGAGAGGUAUGGGGCAGGCAGGGAGAGGUAUGGGGCAGGCAGGGAGAGGUAUGGGGCAGGCAGGGAGGUAUGAGGCAGGAACGGAGCCGCGUCAUCUCAACGGUUGCUUGCAGGCCGUGAUGGCACAUGCCGCUGCGCGAUGGCAUCUGAUGCGCACUCGGCAUGAUGCCGGGGCGCCCUCCGCUGCCACCAUCGCCAUCCCGUACGCCGCGCGUGCUGGACAUCCGCAAUCCGCAUCUUGCUGUCCGCAUGCCGUGCCGUGUGCCGUGCCGUGCCGUGCCAUGCCAUGCCGUGCCGCCUGCCUGCCCAGCGUCGUGCCGUUCCGUGCCGUGCCUGCCUGCCCUGCGCCAUCGCGCCACUGCAACGCCACGGAGGCGCGAGACGGGGCGGCGCCAAUGCCUGGGGGUGUGUAA